AUGGACGGCGGUGCACAGGAAACCACUUAUGAGCCGCUGGAAGGACGUGGUAGCAGCGACAGCAAUCCCGGCAUGCGCCACCCGAGCAUGGAUAGUCCAGAAUUUGAUACACGUGCUCCCAAAGAUCAACGACAUGCCGUCUACUUGGCACUGCUGGCAGCAGGCAUUGGAUUUGUGCUGCCCUAUAACAGCUUUAUUAUUGCCGCGGACUAUUGGCAGGCACGAUUUCCGGGUCGUUCGGUCGCCUUGGAUAUGUCGAUGACAUAUAUCUUUGUGGCGUUCACCACCGUUUUGCUCAACAAUAUUGUACUCUCGCUGGCGCCGUUUCAAACGCGUGUCCUUUUCGGCUACAUGGUAUCCUUUACCACGCUCAUCUUUGUGGCCGUCUGCGAGGUGGCUUGGCACAUGUUUGCCACAAAUACGGCCUAUGUUGUAAAUAUGUCGGCGGUGGCACUGACCGCCAUCGGUUGCACCAUACAGCAGUCAAGCUUUUACGGAUUUGCGAGCAUGUUGCCCAAACAAUACACGCAGGCGGUUAUGGCUGGUGAGAGCAUUGCCGGCUUUCUGGUGUCUUCCAAUCGCGUUGUGACCAAACUUCUCAUUAACAACGAUCGCGUCUCGACCGUCAUAUUCUUUCUCACGUCCACCCUCUACAUACUCUUUAGCUACUUGCUUCACAUGGCCACGAUUAACUCGCCCUUUGUGCGCUACCAUGUGGAGGCCUGCUCCAAGAUUGUUUUGCGACCGGAUGAGCAGGAAAUCGAUGGCGCAACCAGUAAUACUAAAUACGGAGUUCUCUCGAUGGAUGGCACAACCACGACCAUGACCACUUCCGCCUCACGUGCCAAUGGUGCCGGCAGCAGUAGCGGUGCGGCCAACACACUCAGCUUUAGCAAUCCCGUCUAUGAGCUGUCCAAUCCCACGGCCGGCGAGAGCAUCAUUGAGGGUCUAAGUCAAUUGCCGGAGCUGCCGGGAACGCCGCACGAGCCCACCACCCCCACAACUGUCGCGUUCAAGGUGGAGCACGUCAUCACUCCGCGUCGUUGCCGGCCAAGCAAGCUCGGCGAUAUACGCGAAGGCUUCGUCACACGCUGGCGCGUCGCUCAGUGCGUCUAUCCGUAUAUGGUGUGCAUUGCUUUGGCGUAUUGCGUUACGCUUUCGCUGUAUCCGGGCAUUGAGGUGGAGAUCAACUCGUGUAGCUUGCGGACUUGGAUGCCCGUACUAUUGAUGUUCUGCUUCAAUACAUCCGAUGUGGUGGGAAAAGUGUUGGCCGCUAGUCCGUAUCCCUGGUCCCGUCGUCAACUCAUCCUGCUGUCGGGGCUGCGAAUUGUGCUGGUGCCGUUGAUCCUGCUGUGCUGUGCGCCUCGCCAGCGACCCGUAAUAUCCGGUGAAACGGCGCCCUUUAUCUUUACCAUUGCGCUGGGCAUCAGUAAUGGACUGGCCGGCAGUCUGCCUAUGAUGUUGGCGCCUGCCAAGGUCCCCGACACACUCAAAGAGGUGACGGGCAAUAUUAUGACAUUGUCGUAUAAUGUGGGCCUAACCGCCGGCUCGCUGAUCGGCUAUGUUUUCGAGUCCAUGCUGGGUCCGCAACUGAUGAAUCCCUGCCCCACAUAUCCGUACGUGCCGGCUUCGAUGCUGGACCAGAUACACGGUCAUGUACACAUGCCACUGGACACCACCUUGGCACCACUGCUGAAUGCGACAAGCAGCAGCGUCAGUAGCACAACGGAAAGUCCCACUAGUGCUGCUCCAUCGCAGGGUACGUUGACACCAGCCCUGGCAACGGUCGCCACUACAACAGUUCUGGCUCUGUACACCACCGUAACAGGCACUGUGGCCAGUGUUCCGGAACUGCUCAAUUCGACGCUUACGACUCUGAUAUCGGCUGUGACCUCGGUGGGCGACAUUAGUGGCGAGCUGGUGGGUGGCAGCACGACGGAUCCGCAAACGCCUGAUGCGCUGCUGCAGGAGAUCUAAAUGGGAUCCAAAAUAAUGGAUAAUGGAAUCCCUUGUGGGACAAACGAACUGAUUGUGCGCGUGUCUUUUUGUAAGAGUUAUCCCCGAAAACAGAUUCUCGUCUAUGUAUAAGUGUUUUGUCCGAGUUGUAGACAACAAUCUCGUAUUUGAAAUGCUAACAAAUUGCUUAACUUAAACGUAACAAUUAUCACGUCUAUACGGAAUCCGAAAAUCAG